ACCAGGUGGUGGGUAUUAUAGAGGGCACGGAUUGCAUGGAGCACUGGGUGUGGUGAAAAAAUAAUGAAUACUGUUUUUCUGAAAAUAAAUAAAUUGAAAAAAAAUUUUUUUAAAGUAGCAAGAAAUGCUGAGGAUGUGGAGAAAUUAGACCACUUGUACACUGUUGGUGGAAAUGCAACAUGGGGCAGCUGCUGGAGAAAGUGGUAUGUAGGUUCCUCAAACAAUUCAAAUUAGAGCUACCCUGGGGAUCCGGCAUGGAUCCACCCAGUAGCCCUGAAAUCAGGAUUUGACAGAUAAGGAGAUGAAGAAAACAUGCAACACAAUACACUAUACAAUACAACGGAGUAUCAUUCGGCACUGAAAAGAGAAACAGAAACAGAAACAAAGACAGUCCUGCGAUACAUGACGAUCACUGAUGAUGCACCUGGAGACGACGUCAUGCUCAGUGACAUAAGCCAGGCACAAAAAGACAAAGCCUGGCUGGCUUAGUGGGUUAAGUGUCCACCUCUUUAUCUCAGCUCAGGUCUUGAUCUCAGAAUCAUGAGUUCAAGCCCUGCUUUGGGCCCCAUGCUGGACGUGGAGCCUACUUGGGGGGGUAAAAAAAGACAAUCUGUAUGAUUCUUCUCUAAAAUAGUUAAACUCAAAGACAGAGUAGAGUGGUGGUUGCUGACUGGGGGCAGAAGGAAACAGACAGUUGUUCAGCUUAUAUGAAGUUUCAGUUCAGGGCACCUGGGUGCCUCCGUUGUUUAGGCGUCUGCCUUCGGCCCAGGUCAUGAUCAGAGUGUCCUGUCCCUCUGCCUCUCCCCCUGCUCAUUCUCUCUCUAUCUCUCAAAUAAAUAUAUAAUCUUUAAAAAUAAAUAAAGUUUUGUCCUCUCUGGGCUCAGACCUAGUUUGCAGCAACAUGGCUAAACGCACCAAGAAGGUCGGAAUCGUGGGCAAAUGCGGGACCCGUUAUGGUGCCUCCCUCAGGAAGAUGGUGAAGAAGACUGAGAUAAGCCAGCACGUGUACACUUGCUCCUUCUGUGGCAAAACCAAGAUGAAAAGAAGAGCUGUGGGGAUCUGGCAUUGCGGCUCCUGCAUGAAAACCGUUGCUGGUGGCGCCUGGACGGACACCACCACUUCUGCCGUCACAGUAGAGUCUGCCUUCAGAAGACUGAAGGAGUUGAAAGACCAGUGGACGCGCCACCAUUUGAAACAUUGCUAGCCUAUAAUAAAUGGGUUAAUUUAUGUAACAAAAAUAGAUAAAUAAAUAAAGUUUCAGUUACGCAAGAUGAAUAAGUUCUGGCAACCUGCUGUCCAACACAGUACAUACAGUUAAAACACAUAUCGUGCACAUAAAGGUUUGUUAAAAGGAUAGAUCUCACCUCAAGUACUCUUACCAAAAACAAACAAAAGGGCACGGGGAAACUUCCUGAAGGCGAUGGGUAUGUUUAUUAUCUUGAUUGCGGUAAUGGCUUCACAAGUGUAUGGAAUGCAUCCAAACUCCAAACUCAUCAAAUUAUGUUCAUUAAAUAUACACAGGGUUUUUCUGUGUAUGUUAUAGCUCAGAAAGAGUUGUGUGCCAAUAAACUAGCCAUGGGGUAGGAAGGACCCCAGACUUAAUGCAACUGCCAGUUUCCAUGGUAUGAAGAGUCCCACCCCGACCAAUGCCCAAGCUACUGCGGUUUCACUGAACUUGGAGGUGGAAGGAAUGCACACCUUCUCACGGCACAAGCCAGCUCUCACGGCAUGCCACUGGCUAAGAACGCUUUGGAGACAACUGAAGAAAUGUGAAAGUAGCCGGGGUAUGUUGGAUGAUAUUAUCGAAUUUGUAUCCCUUUUCUUAGAUGAGGUAAUAGCAGUGUGAAUGUGUGGAAGAAUGUCCCUGUGGCACCUGUUGUUUAAAGACUACACUCAGGGCACCAGGGUGCCUCAGUCAGUUAAGUGUCCGCCUUCAGCUCAGGUCAAGACCCCAGGGUCCUAGGAUCAAGUCCUGCGUCAGGCUCCGAGUUCCAGAGGGAGUCUGCUUCUCCCACUGCCCCUCCUCCGUUCCCUCGAUUUCUCU